AUGGACGGUUCAUCUCCAGACCACGCACACCGGCACCUCGAUGCCAACGCAGGUCGUGAGGUUGUCUAUUGCCAUGCCUGCGCUAGUGAAUGGUACCGCGAUGAGCGUGGACUACUAUGCCCCAGAUGUGGAAGCGAUAUCACAGAAAUCGUAAGCCUAGAGAACGAUCCUCGAGCCUUCGAUGACGACUCGGAACCAGAAUCUCCCCGGCUGCCCCAGCUGCGCCACAGGUUUCCACACGGGGACCACGACCAUGAUGACCAUGACCACAACCACGGCAACGACCAUGAUUCUGACCCAGACGAAGCUGAUAUUGAAGAACAUCUUGGACCGAACGGCUUUCAUUGGCGCCGCAGUGUUAGGGACCGCCCAGGAAUGCAGCACCAUGAUCCCGCUGUCGACCCGGUGAUUGAGCGUUUUCUCGGUCUGAUUCAGGAUAUCGCACCCCAGCGACGAACCAAUCUCUUCGAACAACGAUCAGAAGAAGGCCGAUAUGGAGCACCGCAUAUCCAUCGCGCUACAUUCACGAAUGGCAGUGGUAGCGCUUCCGUGACCAUUUUCUCUGGCUCUGGGCCGGGACUCUUUGGGCCGACUUCUCCUGGCCAGGACCGCCACCCUGACCCAUUUCAAGCAUUCUUUUCCAAUGUCCUUCGGGAUGUGUCACCACCUACAGGUGGCCGGGAGGCAGGAGGUCCUACUCCGGGAUUUGCGCGAGGGCUCCAGGAGAUUUUGAAUCUGUUCAAUCCGGCACACGCUAUCGCUGGAGAUGCAGUAUAUUCACAAGAAGCCCUGGAUCAGAUAAUCACAAACCUCAUGGAGGCGCAUCCACAAUCAAAUGCUGCGCCGCCCGCGUCGACUGAGGCCCUUGACAGCCUGGACCGACGGCCUGUAGAUGCCUCCAUGUUGGAAGGAGAGAAAACGGAAUGCACCAUUUGUAUAGAUGACAUGAAGGUGGAUGAUGUGGCUGCAUUUCUCCCUUGUAAGCACUGGUUCCAUGAAGAGUGCGUCACUCUUUGGCUCAAACAGCACAACACAUGCCCGGUUUGCCGAGCGUCCAUUGAGAAGCCUGAUGAAAGGAGCGGUCCAAGCAUGCGUACAAGCCCGCCCCCAAUCUCCUCCCAGUCUAGCGAUUUUGGUUCCUCACGCUCGGAUGAUCUCUAUGGGAUCGGGAUGAGCCGUACCGAACCGGUUCCAAUUCCCGGGGCAGGCCCAUCUCGUCCUCCAAACCAAGGACAGAGCCGAAUCAAUGAGGCCAUGCGAGAUCUCUCAGCACAACAACAAGAGCGGCAAGACCGUGAGCAUAUGAGACAACGCAUCUGGGGCAUGCCCGGGGAUCGGGGGGAACGGCAGCAAGAGCAUGAUACGCGGGAGAGAGAGAGAGAUCGGAUUUGGGGCGUUCCAUCUGCCAUGAGCUACGAUACUUGGCGUACGCAACGGCGAAACUCACGAAACUCUCUUUCACCUACGAGCCCGAGAUUGUCCUCGUUCGCAGAUUACAGAGUGCGCCCGAGACAAACCAGUCCACCACAGAGCGGCCGUCGGGACAGGGAGAACGCCGGUUCCAGUUCCGGUGCCAAUGCCAACGCCAGUGCCAGCCCCAACCCUGGCCAACAGACUAGUUCUGGACCUUUUAGCUGGCUCAGGGAUAGGUUCACAGGAGGAGGCUCCAGAGACGAUUCUAACCGUGAAUAGCGUUUGAUUUCGCUUGUUACUGGAACUGGACCCUUCUCAUGAUUUUCAUGAGGGAUCACAUCCUUCCGUUGCCUACUGGUAGGCAAGGCUGGUUGUCGAGGAAGGAGCCGAAGGAUGGAUAUUAUAACCCCAGACACCUGACAACCAGAUGUAGCGGGGAUUGAUGUGAUAGGCUGCUCUGACUGUUGAAGGAGAGAGAGGGCGGAGUAUAACAAAACAAAGCCAAGCAAAACGAGGCAUUAAACAAUUGGGUUUCAACCGCGCUCAGGUUAGUGGUGCGUAUCAAAUAACGACAUGAUGAUAGAAGGCUUUACACACAAAGUGGGGAUUUGCUGCUGCAAACGAAACAGCUCGCGCGAUGAAUUGCAACUGCCUGAAGCUUGUUUGUAUUCUAGGCAGAAUUAGGAAAGGGAGGACUUUUGAGACUCGGGCCAUUUUGUUUUCUUUUGGUUGCGUUGGUUGUGAUUCUCGAUAUAUAGCCAAUAGUGGUUGCAGAAGCGCAAUCCACCGCCGUGGACUUGACUUUGGGGUAACAUGCUCGUACCGAAGCCACUGCCGCCCGGCUGGUAUGCGGAUAGUACCUAUUUAUAUUCU